CUUCGCCACCAGCCUUGCAGACGGUAUUCAGACAGUAGGCACUUAAGUACUAGAACCUGGCCUACCGCAGCUCAUAUACGGCCCCGAACAUGGAUGCACAAGGACAUCUUUUGUCACUGAAAGUGAUGCGGGUAUCUAGACCAUCGCUAGCUAGUGCAUGGCAGCCCUUCUAUUCCAGCUCUCCUUCAUUCUCUGCCCACUCUACUGCGUCCAUUCUUUCCCUGCAAGGAAAGUCACCUCUCCCAGGCCACCCCAAGACUCUACGGGAUCUCACUCAAGCAUCCGAGUUCCUUACACUACCCGCCUCAUUUGGAGCCAUUCAGCUAGGCGAAACAUUCUCCAGUUGCAUAUGCAUCAAUAAUGAGACAAAUAUCGACAUAGAGGGCGCUAGUGUUCGCGUUGAGAUUCAGACAGCAAACUCCAAGAUACUACAUUCACUAGAAUAUAUAGCCCAUCACGAGGUGAAGGAGUUAGGUCACCAUGUUCUAGCUUGUAUCGUCUCGUACCACCUGCCUCCGUCAUACCGACAUACCCCUGGUGCUAGUGAUCCCUCAAAUGAAGCAACCUUCCGCAAGUUUUACAAGUUUGCUGUCACGAACCCUCUAUCUGUAAAGACAAAGAAAGGAUUUCUCGAGGUCCACAUUCAGAACUUAACCCAAGACGCGAUGUGGUUCGAGCGCAUGAAGUUUGAAUGCGCAGAGGGAUGGAGCGUUGUCGAUGCCAACACGACAGGUGAUGAUAAGGACCAGAGAUUAUUCUCUGGUUCGACGGCUCUCAUGCAACCACAAGCCAUAAGACAGUACAUCUAUAUCCUGACCCCAACAUCGUCUUCCUCUGUCAUCCCUCUCGGUAGACUUGACAUCUCAUGGCGUUCUCAGUUCGGCGAGCCUGGCCGUCUAUUAACUUCGAUGCUGUCCCGUCGAUUUCCUGGCCCUUCUCCAGCUCCGAACUCAACUCCAACUCCAGCUCCCCCACUCCAGCACCCUGUCUCAGCACUUCCUCCUUAUCUUCAGCGCACCGUGCCAAGUGCACCAUCCUCGCCCGCCCGACCACGAUCUCCACAACUUCCCCCUUCUCGACCUAGUUCUCCAACUCCGGCUCCAUACAGACCAGGCUCACCCUUUCGCACGCGCCCGAUGUCUGGCCCUUCGCAUCCGCAAUCACCCGCAGCUGGAUCUAUAUCCACCAUGAACAUGUUUGUCGCACCAAAUCAACAACAAUCAGCACCACCGGUGCCUGCUCUCGUAUUGGACGUCGAGGUAGAUGUUAUCAUAAAUCAUAUUGCCAGGGAAUCUAUCACUGUUGAGCGACCCUUCAAGAUCGCUUUCACUGCCACUGUUUCUGCUGCUCUACCAAAGGCCAAAGGGAAACAAAGGGUCAUCACUCUUGCUGUACAACAUCUUCAAUAUCCGCGUGCCACAGCGAUUGCAUACCCUGAACCAUUCCAAGCCACCGAGACCGUUAGCUCACGGUUCUCGUCCCUCGGCCUCACUUCUGCGACGUCAACACUUGUCACUCCUGUGCAAGGUUCCCCCAACAUGACAAGCGAGAAUCUCUUGGUUAUCUCGCCAGAGAAGAUGAUUGCACGACCCACUUUGCCACCCCCUUACUUUGAGUUCGCUGACGAGGAGAAAUGCGUGAAGUUGAAAGGCUGCGUAUCUGUUGGGUCCUCCACACAUCACGCCAAUCAUCAUGAAGACUCAUCGGAUGGUGAUGUGGAGAAGGCAGAGGGUAGUCAAGAGUUUGAACUUACCUUCCUGCCUGUGCAAACAGGAUUUGUGCGAGCGGGCGGCCUGCGCAUCCUACUGGUUAGGGAUGAGCUCGUAGAUGUUGGUUCAGAUCAGGCUACUCGCCGCUUAGGGUCCGCGAUGGAAGCAAAGACAUUGAAAGAGUUAGAUGUAGUCGCUGAACUUUGGGUUCAUUCAUGAUCAUGAUUUCUUCAACUUAUUGCAGAGUUAGUAGGAUGGACCACCGCAUGUAUAGUUCAAGUGCCUAUGAUUGGAGGGUACAAUACUACAAAUGCCCGACAGCCAAGAUAGAACCUGACGGAGCUCUUUUC